AUGAAUUUUGAAGAGAUCGAAGAGCAAGAUGGCAUCCGAUUUUCUUGGAAUGCUUGGCCGUCAUCCCGCGUCGAAGCUACCAAGGCUGUUGUCCCCAUUGCUUGCUUGUAUACGCCCUUGAAAGAACGCGAUGAUUUCGUGGAAGCGCCAAUCUGGUAUGAACCCGUCAUGUGCAAGGCUCCUUGUAGAGCUAUCCUUAAUCCUUAUUGUCAAAUCGAUGUACGUGGCAAGCUGUGGAUUUGCCCCUUCUGUUUGCAACGCAACGCCUUCCCUCCUCACUACAAGGACAUCUCCAACACCAAUCUGCCUGCCGAGUUGUUGCCAAAGUACACCACCAUCGAGUACAACUUGAACCGUGUUGCGCAAAUCCCUCCCAUCUUUUUAUACGUCGUCGAUACUUGCCUUGAAGAUGAGGAUUUGAAGGCUCUUAAGGAUGCAUUGAUUGUCAGCCUCAGCUUGCUUCCUCCUUACGCUUGGGUGGGUCUCAUCACUUAUGGCACCAUGACACAAGUCCAUGAGCUUGGUUUUCCUGAUUGCCCAAAGUCAUUUGUGUUCCGAGGCACCAAGGAGUAUACUGGAAAGCAAGUACAGGAUAUGCUAGGUUUGGCAGGAUCAGCUGUGAGACCCGGUCAACCUGCUGCCGCUCCAGGUCAACCCCCUCAAAUGAGCAUGCCCGCUAAUAGAUUCUUGCUUCCUGUCAAGGACUGUGAGUUUGUGUUGACUUCCAUCUUGGAGAAUUUGCAGCGUGACCCUUGGCCAGUGGCAAAUGACAAGCGUGCUGAGCGUUGUACAGGUGUUGCUAUGAGUGUGGCUGUUGGAUUGCUUGAGACCACAUUCCCCAAUACGGGUGCUCGUGUCAUGAUGUUUAGCGGUGGUCCAGCAACUGUUGGCCCUGGUAUGGUGGUGAGCACUGAGCUUCGUGAACCAAUCCGAUCCCACCACGAUAUCGAAAAGGAAACAGCAAAGUAUUACAAGAAGGCUGUCAAGUACUAUGAUGGACUUGCCAAACGUGCAUCUACCAAUGGCCAUACGAUCGAUAUAUUUGCUGGAUGCCUUGAUCAAAUUGGUUUACUUGAAAUGAAGUCCAUGGUCAACUCUACAGGAGGCGUCAUGAUCUUGGCUGAUUCAUUCAACACGGCUAUCUUCAAGCAAAGUUUCCAAAGAGUGUUCCAAAAGGAUAGUCAAGGACAUUUGCAAAUGGGUUUCAAUGCAACUCUUGAUGUUCAGACUACGCGCGAGCUUAAGGUCUGUGGUCUUAUUGGUCAUGCCAUUUCCGCAAACAAAAAGAGUUCGUAUGUUGGCGAAACUGAAAUCGGCAUUGGCAACACUUCAGCUUGGAAAAUGUGCUCAAUAACGCCCAAGACAACCAAUGGCAUUUACUUUGAGGUGGUGAAUCAGCCUGGUGCCCAAUUCCAACCCGGUUCUCGAGGCUUGAUUCAAUUUGUUACUCAUUAUCAGCACUCAAGUGGCCAAUUCCGCCUUCGAGUGACCACUGUGGCUCGCAACUUUGCCGAAGGCCAAAGCCCAGAGAUUGCCAACUCAUUUGAUCAAGAAACAGCUGCUGUGCUCAUGUCUCGUAUUGCUGUCUUUAAGGGUGAAAUUGAUGAUGGACCCGAUGUAUUGCGUUGGCUUGAUCGCAUGUUGAUUCGACUAUGCCAACGAUUCGCCGAUUAUCGCAAGGAUGAUCCACACAGCUUCAGACUUUCCGAAAACUUUUCCAUUUAUCCCCAAUUCAUGUUCCAUUUGCGACGUAGUCAGUUCUUGCAAGUAUUUAACAACUCACCGGAUGAGACAGCUUUCUAUCGCCAUGUCUUGGAUCGCGAAAAUGUGGACAACUCGCUUAUCAUGAUUCAGCCCACGUUGACAUCUUACGGCUUUGAUAGCCCUCCUCAACCUGUACUUUUGGAUUCGAUUUCUAUCAAGCCCGAUGUCAUUCUUUUGCUCGACACAUUUUUCCAUUUGCUCAUUUUCCAUGGUGAAACGAUUGCUCAAUGGCGAGAGGCAGGAUACCAAGAUCAAGAAGGCUAUGAAAACUUUAAACAACUUCUCGAAGCCCCCAUUUUGGAUGCUCAAGACUUGCUCAUGGAUCGUUUCCCUGUGCCUCGAUACAUUGUGUGCGACCAAGGUGGUUCACAAGCUCGUUUCUUGCUUUCCAAACUCAAUCCUUCCACCACCCACGCUUCGAACAGCCCCUACGGUGCUCCACAAGGUGCAGCAAUCUUUACUGAUGAUGUCAGUCUACAAGUCUUUAUGGAGCAUUUGAAAAAGUUAUCUGUAGCAGGAAGUUCAUGA